AUGUCGACAACCAACAGCUCUCGAAGUCAAACUCGUCGUUCCUCCGGCAUUCUAAAGUCAGCAACUCAGGCUCCAAUGUCGAGUGGCUCUCCAUCAAGACGCACCCAGGAAGAGCCUUCUCUAGAAGAGAGCAAUUCUCUUUCAAUUUCUGAUCGGCCUCAUACAGCUCACCGUGCUCGAGCUAGCUCCACAUCCAGCCAGACUGUUUCAAGAACGCCUGCGAGAUCCUUCUACCAUCGGUCCUUCCAUGGCCAGCUAGAUCCUCCCCAAUACUCAUCCUCUGCGGGCUUGCGAGACCAGACUGCAGAGCUGGCUGCAUUUGCUCUGUCCGACAAUACUUCCUUCCCGGGAAGCUCCCCAUCAAGGUCUGAAGCUGCUUCAGAUGAUGGCUAUAUCGAUCCAAUAGAGGAAGUGUCGGAACCCGUGACUCCAGAAGGCUCAGAGACCGAAACCGGACGAACCGGUGACCCUGCUGUGUCAAGACUCACGAUGCUGAUACACAACUCUGCAGAGCAAGAAGAAGAAGAAGACAUUGGAAGCCCGCAAGAAGCAGGUAAAUCAACUCUGACCCGCUCAAGGCCCUCACAUGUAUCCGGGGCGACACAACCAGAUGAAAAUACAAGUCUCCUCGAUGGAGACCGCAAGCCUUCCUUGGGCUAUGGGGAAUUCGAUGACCUGGAACGACAGCAUUUAAGGAAGGAGACUUAUCGGCGGCAAUGGAGGAAAGCGGUGAACAACACACGGUCAUGCCUGUACACCAUCUCACACCCGAAGACCUGGGAUCCGAAAGCGAUCUAUCGAGAAGUCGUGGUCCAUCCAGUCAGCCUCCUCCCAGCAGUCUUCCUGGGUCUGUUACUGAACAUUCUGGACGCUCUCUCCUAUGGCAUGAUCCUCUUUCCAUUGGGAAAUGCGGUCUUCGAAAAUCUCGGCUCUGACGGUAUCGCUAUCUUCUAUGUCAGCACCAUUGUCUCACAGGUCAUAUACUCUUCAGGUGGCAGUGUCUUCCGAGGUGGCAUUGGGUCAGAGAUGAUCGAAGUUGUUCCUUUCUUCCACAAAAUGGCCUUUACAAUCCUUGCCAAAGUGGGCGACGAUGACCCCAAGUCUGUCUUGGCCACCACAGUAUUGUCCUUUGCCGUCAGUGCAAUCCUUACUGGUGCCGUCUUCUUCCUCAUGGGAGCGUUUGGGCUUGGCUCGCUUAUUGGGUUUUUCCCACGCCAUAUCCUCAUCGGCUGCAUCGGAGGUGUGGGCUGGUUUCUUGUUGCUACUGGUGUUGAAGUAUCAGCCAGACUUUCAGGAAGUCUGGAGUACAACUUCGAGACCCUCAAACAGCUGUUUCGUGCUGACACCGUCUUGCUCUGGACCAUCCCACUAUUACUUGCCAUCAUUCUGAUUGUUGUUCAACGCUUUGUAAAAUCAAAUCUACUGGUCGGUGGAUAUUUCAUUUCCGUUGCAUGCUUGUUCUAUUUCUUCAAAUUUGCUAUGGACAUACAAAUGUCGACUUUGCACUCCCAUGGCUGGGUUUUUGAUCCUCCGCCUGCAGGAAAUCCUUGGUACCACUUUUAUACUCUGUAUGACUUCAAGGCCGUCCAUUGGGGUGCUCUGGCAGACACCAUUCCUGCAAUGUUUGCAUUGACUUUCUUCGGUAUCUUGCACGUACCAAUCAAUGUGCCAGCUUUAGGCAUCUCCACCGGUGAGGACAACUUGAACGUCGAUCGUGAGCUCAUUGCUCAUGGUCUCUCGAAUUGCGUGAGUGGGCUCCUUGGAAGUGUGCAGAACUACCUUGUGUAUACCAACAGUCUAUUGUUUAUGGAUAGUGGAGGUAACGAUCGCCUCGCUGGGCUGCUGCUUGCAGCCUGUACUCUAGGGAUCCUUUUGGCAGGACCUGUUGUCAUUGGUUUCAUUCCUAUUAUGGUUGUUGGGGCUCUGAUUUUUCUCCUCGGGAUUGAACUGCUUGAGGAAGCCUUGGUUGGUACCUGGGGCAAGGUGCACAAACUGGAGUAUGCCACCAUUGUCCUGAUCGUUGUGGUCAUGGGCGUUUGGGAUUUUGUCAUUGGUAUCCUGUUCGGAAUCUUACUGGCAGCUGUGAGUUUUGUUGUACAGACUUCGCGCCGAACCGCCAUUCGAGCAACCUAUUCAGGCGAAGUUGCGAAAUCAUUGGUCAGAAGACCGCCGGUUCAGCUCAACUUCCUCAAGGAAGCUGGUCAGCAGAUUUUCCUCAUCAGGCUGGCUGGCUUUUUGUUCUUUGGAACCAUCGUGGGCGUUGAAAAUCGCAUCCGGGCACUGCUCGAGGACGAUGCUUUCAGGGAUCGGCCGCUGAGAUUCUUAAUACUGGACAUGGCUCAAAUCAACGGCAUCGAUUUUUCAGCUGCAGAAGCAUUUACGAGGAUCAAUCGUUUGUUGCAAAAACGAGGAGUGCAACUGGUUGUCAGUUCCUUAGACGUCGACGGAGAAAUUGGCCAAGCAUUGGGAAAUGUUGGCCUUUUCGAGGAUCAUCUGGAGGUGGAAAUCUUUGCAGAUCUCAAUGUAGCAUUGGAGCAUUGUGAGAAUAAACUUUUGACUGCGCUCUACCGACAACAAGAGCAACGACGAAGCAAAAGAAUUGCUUCACACCUUGACGUUCCCAGAAGUCAAAGCCAGGAUCUGUCUCAAUCCUACAAGGCCGAGUUCAUGGGCAGCUCCCCUCGGCGGAAUCUCCUACACCAGGCGGCUCAGACGACACUUGAUGCUGAUAUUUCCACGACAGGGAAAUGGCAUUCGUUCAAACAACCACUUCCGUUGUUAUUACAGAUAUUGGCAGAUUUGUCUGAUAGGAAUGAGGACUUCUGGCAUCGAGCGACUCAAUAUUUCGAACGGGUGGCGUAUCCCAAAGGUUCGACUCUCUUCAACGUGGGGGAUCGAGCAAACCAGUUUUAUAUGCUUGAAGAGGGUAUCCUCCGUGCUGAUUAUGACCUACCUCAGGGCAAAUACUCGGAAUUGAUAGUAGCAGGGCGUCCAUGCGGAGAGCUGCCGUUUUUUUCGCAGACACUCCGAACGGCGAAGAUGGUGGCGGAGAAGGAUUGCGUUAUCUGGCAAAUGGAUCUCAAGAGAUGGAGUGAUAUGCAGGCGAGGGAUCCUGAUGUGGCACAGGAGUUACUGAUCAUCACUUUGAAGCUGACCAAGGAGAGAAUGGACGCCAUCACCUCCUACGUCCUCACUUCCGCGAGUUAA